AUGGAGAGCAGGCCACCUGGAGAGCAGGACAACUGGAGAGCAAGCCAAUUGCAGAGCAGGCCAACUGGAGAGCAAGCCAACUGGAUAGCAGGCCAACUGGAGAGCAAGCCAACUGGAAAGCAGGCCAGCUUGGGAGCAAGUCAACUGCAGAACAGUCCAACUGGAGAGCAGGCGAACUGGACAGCAGGCCAAGUGGGGAGCAAGCCAACUGUAGAGCAGCCCAACUGGAGAGCAAGAACUGGAGAGGAGGCCAACUGGAGAGCAGGCCAGCUGGAGAGCAGACCAGCUGGAGAGCAGGCCAACAUGAAAGCAGGCCAACUGGGGAGCAAGCCAAAUGGAGAGCAAGUCAACUGGAUAGCAGGCCAACUGGAGAGCAAGCCAACUGGAGAGCAGUCAAGCUUGGGAGCAAGCCAACUGGAGAGCAGUCCAACUGGAGAGCAGACGAACUGGAGAGCAGGCCAACUGGAGAGCAGGCCACCUGGGGAGCAAGCCAACUGUAGAGCAGGCCAACUGGAGAGCAAGCUAACUGGAGAGCAGGUCAACUGGAGAGCAGGCCAACAGGAGAGCCUGCCAACUGCAGAGCAGGCCAGCUGGGGAGCAAGCCAACUGGAGAGCAGGCCAACUGGGGUGCAGGCCAGCUGGGGAGCAGGCCAACCGGAGGGCAAGCCAACUGGAGAGCAGGCCAACUGUGUACCUUGA